GUCCAUUGCUCACACCACCACGUAGUACUCCUCACCUCGUCUGCAGAAGCGGUCAUCUCUGCUCAAACCCCCUACUCACUGCUAUGCCAGCUUAAUCACACGCUUUCUUUUGACUCAUCUGUAAAAUCGCUAACUCUGCGCAUUGUAUUUCGGACACGAUGAGCUACACGGGCACUCUCAUCGAUCCACCGGCUGUGUUUUUGCGUCCACGACCUCUCGCAUCACAUCCGUCAAGCUUUAUUCUGCUCCCCCUUCUGCCUAAGAAGAGCCCGCCCAAGUCCUUACCCGCGGAAGUCUGGUCCAAAGUACUCGCUUAUGUGUUCGCAGGGGACGGGCUGGAGAAGUUGGAGGUGAGGCAGAGGCGAAUGGCUUGUAAGUUUAACUGGAGGACUGCAUUUGUGUGUAAAAGCUGGAUGGAUAUUGCUUUGCCACUGCUUUACGCACACGUCAACAUCUUCGCUUUGUCCUCGUUGGAGAAAUUUGUGUCUUACCUGUACACUUCUGACCAGAAGUGGGAUUCCAUCCGGCGGAUACCAUAUUCUACUCCAGGGCGAUGGGUCCAAUCUCUCGAUAUUUCUGAGAUCACCUUUCUUAAACCAGAGGCACUCUACAUCGACUCGCUGCUCACAAAGCUGUUUCCGCUCCUGCCUUUUUUGAACCGCUUGACUCUCCAUAUUCAUCUGGCCAUGAGCAAUAGGGCUUUGGAGACUUUGUUAUUCAAAGAUGGCGUCGAGAGGCUUCAGUCCCUGAAAGGGCUGAAGGUAUCUCCUCUUCAAGUUGGGACUUACGUUCCUGACAUGUAUGAUCCUCUCAUUGAAUUGCUUCGAUGCUGUCCAAGCAUCGAAGAACUGGAGCUUGCGAGCCCAGAUGACGAGGCUACUCACCAGUAUUAUGCAUAUACACUCGAACCUGAUAUGCCUGCCCCAUCGGCCCCACCACUCCGUCUUUCCCGCCUGCGUUCGCUCGCCCUCGUCACAAUACCAUUGUCGCCCCUCUUUUCCUCUCUUCUCAACGCAUCCCUUCCUUCUCUGCACCAUUUAAUGGUAACCCCUUACGACGAUAGCGUUUCGUCACCCACUAGCAAGCUCCUGGCCCAACAUGGCUCCCAUCUCACGACUCUCCACGUGAACACGCCAAAACACUGGCCGACUGUCCCUCAGCCAUCACAGUCGCGCAUCCUCCUCGAUUCUCCUGCGCUCAAGCACCUUUCACUUGAAUAUCCUCUUCCGAUGCUGGUUAUGCCACCGGGGUCCACGCAUCCUUUACAGAUCCUCACCAUUCCACGGCCGAACAUCAGGUUCUUCCGUGACCUGGAAUACCUCCUCCCGCGUCUUCCCCAGCUUCGCGCUGUGCAGCUGAAAAAUGUCAAGUGGUUGGGACGGGCAGUGUCGGGACGGGCGCUGGAGGCAGGGGUACAAGGGGAGAUGAGGGAGUGGAGGAGGAGACUAGGCAGGAGGGGUGUGAGGCUGUUGGAUGGCGAUUGGCGAGACCCAGAGUGAUGGAAAGCCUUGGGGUAGGAAUAUUGGCGCACAUCGAGCGUCGUGGAGAUUCCAAGGUCCGAUUUUUGUUUCCGUCUGUCUCAUCUAGUUCAUCGUGCAUGUCGAAGACGAUCUUCACUGUUGUAUUACUGCAUCCUUUUCAUUGACUACUCAUCUACCAAUAUCAGCACACCACUCUGAGAAAUGUC